GUCUGUCUGUCUGUCUCACCAUCUAUAUUUAUCUAUAUGCCUCUCUCUCUCCCCCUCUCUAUUAUUUAUCUCUCUGUCUGUCUAUUUCUAUUUCUAUACAUAUUGCAGUAUAAUAAUAGCUAACUAGGCUACAACCUUUACUCGCUUUGUUGUUGAAUGUUUACUGAAUGUCAUCCUAUAAAUCCUAUUAGUGAAAGAUUCGUAGAAUCCAAAGAGCCUAAAGAAUAAGCCUUAGUUGCUUGGUAUCCGACAAUGCAGUGAAACCCUCUCAAAAAUGUAGUCGAUGAAACACCAACGAUUUGCAUGCAUCUCUUUUAUCUCAUAUAGCUUACACUAAGCUGUGCAUCAUCCGACUUUUAUUUUUUUAUUUUUUGUGUAGCCGUGCCGUCUCCCCUCCAUUUGAAACUGCAGCAGAGUCUCGCUCUGAGCAGGGGAUCUCCUCAGAGGCGCCGCCCCCUUUACUAAUGAUUCAUGCGGAGAUGGGAGGGACCCCGCACGAGAUCGCACCACUCCGCCGGUUGCGAGGCAGAGUAGAGCAGAGCGGAGCGGAGACCCGAUCGACCAGCAUCCUUCACAAACACCAGCAUCUCUCCCCACACUCCAGCAUCCAUAACACACACACCGCGAUGCGACUCUAGCCGCCACCGGGAUUGUUUUUCUUCGUGCAACUUUUGAUCGCUAGAAAGCGGCGAUCGUUCUUCAGAGUGUGUUAAAGGAAGAAGUCGUGUUUUGUGUCGGAGGACUUGUGGCGUGAUAGUACAUCGCGCACCGUGCUCUGAGCCCGAUGAGCUGUCUUCGAGUUAGGGAAGGAAGUCUUGGGUGUUUGGAUCCGAGGCGGGACUCUGCGGGGCUGUGCUUUAGGAUGUGUAGGUCCUGGUGCUCAGCACACCAGCGGAGGAAUCCCCGGUGCUAACGGAGAGACUGAGAGAACCGGAGGCGGAGGACUACCGGAUCAACAUGGUCCAGAACGUAAUCUUGGUGUUUUUCCGUAGGAGAUUGAGCCAGAGGCCAGCGGUGGAGGAACUUGAGAGUCGAAAUAUUUUAAAACAAAAGAACGACCAGAGUGAACAGGAGGAGAGGAGAGAGAUCAAACAACGGCUCAACAGAAAGCUGAACCAGCGACCCACUGUGGACGAGCUGCGCGACAGGAAGAUCCUGAUCCGCUUCAGCGACUACGUGGAGGUGGCCAAAGCCCAGGACUACGACAGGAGGGCCGACAAACCCUGGACCCGCCUCUCCGCCUCCGACAAGGCAGCAAUACGGAAAGAACUGAACGAGUUCAAGAGCAACGAGAUGGAAGUCCAUACCUCAAGCAAGCACCUGACCAGGUUCCACCGGCCUUAGCCAGGUCUCUUCUGUGAAGAGUUGCUGGUUCUUGGUUCUGUUCAGUUGCGACCUUGCAUGGAGUCUUCCACGGGCCCCGCCGGCCCUCAGCCAGGGGCCCUCCUGAUGUUCGGGUGCAAUGCACCUUGGAGGCUAUGUCUCUCUAGUGAGUUGGAGCAGCUCCCGCUGUGCUGGUGGUGGAGGUGGUGCUGGUGACAGAGGUACACUGGGGGGCCCCACACCUGCUCAGAGGAAAACCAUCUCCCUCCCCUUUCAGUUGACAUUGUCCAUCCAUGGAGGAGAGGAAGAGGAGGAGGAGGAAGAGGAGGAAACAGAGACAAUUUCAAAGAGAAGGAAAGCAGGAAUUGGAAAGGGACGAGGAGGAAAAGAGAACACGAAACGAGAGAAUGAAAAGAUAAAGAGCAAAUGAAAAGAAGGAGGAAGAAAAAGGAUGAAAAGAUACGAGAAAAUGAAAUCAAGGUCAUUAUUUUCUGCCAUGGAAGAACAGUUGUUUUGUUAUUUAAAGCUGCAGACUCUAAAGAGGCCGUCGAACGCGGGGGGGGGGAGAACGUGCAUGUGAGAGUCUACGUCACCGUCCCUCAGAGCCCACAGGCCACGUCGGGAGUCGUGUUAUUUCAGUCCCAACGCCAUCGGAUUCUGUUUUCAUAUCGCCAGUGUAAAUGUUUUUUCUUGAAUGGAAACCUUGUCUGUGAACAAGAUUAAAAAAAUCCCUUUGUAAGAUCUAUUUAUUGUCUGCACAAUACAGGUUUUGAAUUUGUAACAAA